AUGUUAGGACUCCUCGCUUUUCUCUUCAUCUGUGCCAAGAUUGCGGAAGGCCUUCGCUCAGGCCCAUCUACGGAGUAUGUUGUCUAUCCAAGACUUUUGGAAGCAAGAGGAAUCAACGGAGAAAAAAUUCUUCACAUCAAUGAUCAACUUUUCCUCCGUUUAGAGAAAAGCUCUGCAAUCGCAGAAAAGUUGGUUGUAUCAAGUCUUAAUGGUGCUGAGCAAGUCGAUACUAUUGUGGAUGGAAAGGAGGUGGAAAAGAAUAUUUAUCACGAUAAAAAUCAGAUGGCUGCUGUGUCUGUGUCAGAGCAAAACGGAACGCUGCAAGUGACCGGAGCCUUGGGACGCAGGUUGAGGAUCGCUCCUCUGCCACUGAUGGGACGCUGUGAAGCUGGAUGCGGGGCACACAGAAUUUUUGAAAUCGAGGAGCCGGAGGGAUACAAUACCGAUUAUACAGUUCCAAUGAAACGAAACAUCUUCGCAAAACGGCAAACCAGAUUAGCUGCAGAAAUUCCCAGAGUUUUUUUUGUCGAGGUGGCAAUUGUGUUCGAUCAGCACCACAGAGAGCACUUUAAAACUAAAGAAAGCCUGUUGCAAUAUGCCGCAGUCACUGUUCAACUGGUGAACAUGCGAUACGACGUCACUUCGGAUCCAAAAGUUCAAUUUGUUCUUGUUGCUGUUAUUGACCUGACAGGGGAGAACACGAUUACGAGAACACUAGUGGCUCAAGAUGUUUUGAAGCCGCCCGGUUAUACUACAAGGUAUACGAUCUCUGGAGAAACGUUGGAGAAUUUGGCGACGGCAGUAAAUUGGGGAAUGAUUAAUGUUACUGCAGACCUCGUCACCUUGGUUACGUCGACUGAUCUAGCAGAUGUUCAACGUGGCACACUUUUUCCCGGCGUCGCAGGUGCUGCCUACGUCGGGGGACUGUGCAAUUACUACCGCGUCGCCGAAACAGAAGAUAAGCCUCAUACAUACAGUAUGGUCGGCCUUCUUGUCCACGAAUGGGGACACUCGCUAGGAAUGGUACACGACGGAGACAGAGCGGUGUAUAGCACCCCUGCUUACAAAUAUGUUGUGUGCGACCCACGUGAAGGCUACAUAAUGGCACCUGUUGCAAACGGCGCUCGGAAUGGACAAUGGUCUAAGUGUUCCUUGGCUCAUUUGCAGGGGUUUGUCAGGACUCUAGGUAACGCCUGCUUUGAUGUAACGUCACAGAAGAACUACACAAUAAACAUGACAGAUCUUCCCGGGGCGAACAUGACGAAAAAACAACUUUGUCAUGACACUUUCCCAGACUUCGGUCCUAUGACUUUUUAUGACUAUACCGGGAUGCUCCCCGAGUGCACUACAGUGUGCUGCUCUCAAUUUUUCCGAACAUGCAUGCAAACUGUGCUUACGGAUGGAAUGGAAUGCAAACACGGACACCAUUGUGUGAAACACAGAUGCGUCAAGAAGUAG